AUGUCUUUCGGAUGCAGCCCAUCAGAUGUGUUGAAACUACUCGAGUUCUCCACUCGGGUAUACCUUGCUUUCAAAGAUGCCAACGAGAAUUCAGAAGCACAGGUGGCAGGCCUGGUGAAGGAGUUCACUGCCUUUCACACCUGCUUGGUCGAGCUGGGUGAGUUGAUGAAGCAGUAUGGCCAACCCAUGCCUUUUCCCGUCAAGGAGUUCGAGGCAACACUCAAGAGAUGUGAAAAGACGCUCGACCCAUAUGCAGAUCACCUGGUCGACAAGAAGAUGGGCGUCAAGAAGUUCAUUUUCACGAUCAGAUACAUGGGUAUGGAGAAAGAGAUAGACGGGCUGAGGAAGCAGAUCACUGGCCACUACCAAGCAUUGCACAUGUGCAUAUCAUUUCUACAACUUCGCUUGCAUCUCGAGGCAACCAAGCAAACUCAACGUCUUCUCGACGCCGCACCACCACGUACUGUAACCCUGGGAGGCCGUGCUUACUCAACCAGUGCACUAGGAUUUUCAUCUCAACAUACACCUCUAUCGCUACCUGCACCAGAUGAGCAUCCACUUUUCAGCGAGUGGGUGAUCUUUGAUCGUUGGUUGCAGAGCGAGGACGAGCGCAUCGCUAGAGAAGCAGAGCACUCUCGCCCCCUAUCACUAGGCGAUACACCUGCUGCUCUACCAAGCGACGAUGACCAGACUGCUGCUAUAUUAUACCAUCUCCGUCGACAAGUUGAUGAUGCUAUCCUGAUUGAGGAAAACCGCACAAAACGCAUGACUGCUGAGAAGCGAUCGCAUCUUUCGCCAAGCGACGCCAUACGACAGGAGGUUCGCAACAUGCCACCAGCGCCUUCACGUACGUACACUUUAGAUACCGAUCACUCUGGAAAUUUUACCGGUUUUGGCCAGCAUCAAAUGAGCAGUUCCUCGGAAACUGCUCGGCCAAGUUUAAGCAUCCCAUUGUCACACUCGCCUCCAUCUGUUGGCCCACGUGGGGAUUCAUACUUUGGCUCUAUAGAUUGGGCUCAGUCUCCCACGGAUACAUCUGCCUCGUACGAUGCAGGCCGCACGUCUGUUUCCACCAACAGAAGCAGCAUGAGCCAUUCUCCAGGAUCACAGCCACGCUCCUCGAGUGCUGACUUAAGCCCUGGAGGAACUAUUCCAGAGACCCUAGCAUCGUACAGUCUGCGACGCAGUCUAUCUCGCACAUCUCUAGCAACAAUGGCUCUGGGAGAGGCCGCACUCGACUGGAAACGCAUCUGCCGCUCCGUCGAAGUCGAGCGUAAAUCUGUCAAGUACGGAGCCGAAAGCCGCGACUGCGACGUCCGAUGGCGAUACCGCGAAGACACCGGUAUAUCCAUACGCGCCGUAUACCACUCCAGUCAAGAUGGCAAGCUUCGAACAUGGAUAGAACAGCACUUCCCCGCUACGGGCCCAUCAAUCCCACUCACAACUACCUACCCUGACGGCGCCGUCUCCAUCGACUUCCCACGCAACUCCUUCGGCAAACUCGACAAGCAAUACACGGACAUCAAAUACACCUUCUCGGCCUCCGACUCCGCUGAGAAAUUCCAAACCCUGCUCUAUACCAACAACAGCGCCGACGCCGCAGACCUCAAGUUCGACAGGCCCAUCUUGACUAUCUCUUCCGACAAGAACCCCACAGAGUGCCGCGGCCGCAACCUCCGCCUUUGGCACCGCACCGAAACGCAUCUGGAAGAUGACGGGCCCGUGGCUUUCGACGUGCUCGUGCUGCUAUUUUAUACGAGUGCGCUGGAGGAAAGGGGGCAUUGGGUCGAGGAACCGCACUAUGCAUUUGAGUGGCUCACAGACGCUUGCAUGAAGAAGGAAAGCGAAAAAUUAACCCUUGUCUUUUCAAAAGACGCGUCGCGCUGGAAGUCGGAUAAGCUGUUUCAGCGCCGCAAGUCCUCAGGUGCUAGCACCGUCGCUGUGCCAAGGAGUCCCGCGUCACCAUCUUCUUCGUCUUCUUUUUUUUCACCGCGGAAACGGAACGAUUCGAUGGAGAUUCCACAGUUGACGCGCGCGGGUACCAAGGCGUCUGUUGCGUCGAAUGAGUCGUUCAAGACUGCCCUCACGAGCGCGGCGCAUCCGGGGCGCUUGGGCAAUCUGAAUCGGUUUGGGUAUUCGGAGUUGGAGAUUAAGUUUCAGAGUAAAAAGGAUCGCAGGGCGUUUUUGGAGGUCUGGGCGGAGUUUGUGAAGCCGUUGAGGUGACAAAGUCGUUGGUUUGUGCGAAGGGGGACGGCGUUGGGAGAGUAAAAGAAAAUAUGUAG